AUGAUUGCACAGCACCAAACACACACGACCAAAGACAAAGGACGCAGAUUCUCAAAUCUCGAACCAGAUGAAAUCCGACAAGAGAUUGAGCCCAAUUUCGACCCGCUCAUCCCCCGUGUGGCCCAGCAGGCACUCACUCGGUCGGCGGCCACGGCCAACGGCGAGAACCCAUUCUCCAUGCAGUCGGCAUUCAACACGUAUUCCCUCAUCUCAGCACCGAUAGAGUUCACGGCAAACGAUGGCAACUGCAGCUUCAGGUCCUCCGAGGCGAUGAGCUCGUCCGCUUCGACGGACCAUCUCAGCGUUGGCGCGGGCGUCGGGUUUGAUACGCCUUGUCUCGAGGGCAGCGUCUCCGUCCACUAUGACCAAGACGUCAUGGAGAACAGGGACUCGAACAAGGGGUCGGUCACCACGAGCUAUCGCGCCGGCACGGUGGCAUUGAUGCGUCCUCCAGAGCUUUCACCAGAUGCAUUUGACGUGUUCACAGAUGCGAGCUCCCGCAGCGAGUCGGAAAGAAAGAGGGUGAAUAUCGACGUGGAAACCUGGCUCGGCGACUACCAUGAGGAGACGUCAACGAGUUCGUCGAGCACAGAGCACUCAACCGUGGUGCAUGUGAGUGCCCACUCGACGAUUGAGCAAGCUCUCAUCUCGCAGGCGGUGCAGAUGGGCACACCCGAAUUCAGGGCCGCAACCGAGAAAGGCAGAGCCAUCUCGCAACGCGCUGGGGGCUGGAGGACUCUGUUGCCAGAACUCUGA